CCCCCAUCGGUGUCCCCUGUGUGCCGGGGUGCUGGUGGUGAGGGCAGCCGGCUCCAUCCGGGAGGAUGGAGGAAAAGCCGUCCGCUACCAUUAAGCCCUACCUGGACAAGCUCACCCUGGGGGUCACACGGAUACUGGAGACUUCUCCAGGAGUCGCUGAGGUGAAGUUUGUGGAAAAGGAGCCAGCUGAACGCCACACAAUCAUUUCAUGGGAGCAAAAAAAUUCCUGCGUAUUGCCAGAGGAUUUAAAGAACUUCUAUCUAAUGACUGAUGGCUUUCAGAUGACCUGGAGUGUGAAGACUGAUGAUACACCAAUGCCCCUGGGCUCCAUGGUGAUUAAUAGUGUCUCGAAGCUAUGUCGGCUUGGAGGUUCCUCUAUGUACACUCUGCCUAAUGCCCCAACUCUUGCUGACCUGGAAGAUGACACAGGCGAGGAAGGCCAUGGAGACAAACCAGAGAAGCCACACUUCGAUUCUCGUAGUCUCAUCUUUGAAUUAGACCCAUGCAAUGGAAAUGGGAAAGUUUGUCUUGUUUAUAAGCAUGCUAAACCAGUUGUCUCCCCAGAAACAGAGAUAUGGUUCCUGGACAGAGCUCUGUAUUGGCACUUCCUCACCAAAACCUUCACAGCCUACUACCGCCUGCUCAUUACCCACCUGGGUCUUCCACAGUGGCAGUACGCCUUCACCAGCUAUGGGGUCAGCCCCCAGGCCAAGCAAUGGUUUAACAUGUAUAAACCCAUAACCAUCAACACGUCUCUCCUCUCUGAAGAAGCUGAUUCCUUUGUGAACAAGUUGGACCCCAAUAAAGUAUUUAAAAGCAAGAACAAAACACCAGUGAUCAAGAAGAAACAACCUUCCCAGCCAUCAAGCUCACAAAAGAGUCACAUGAGCACGACCUCCUCCAAGGCAUCCUCGCUAGCUGGGAAUUCUUCAAGGAAGUGAGAUCCCAGAUCUGACCCUGAACAGUAUUUUCAACAAGCUUUGAUGUUCUCUGAUGCAAAGUCAGUGGUUCAGAUGGAGUUCCCUGUGCAUUAAUAGAUGUGCCCAUGGAAAAUACAUUGCAGCAUUUGCAUGAAAUAAAUCCACAAUGUACUUUGA